AUGACUGUGGGUGAGUUCUGUGACAGCGCGUCACUCUUGGGGAAGUGUCUUGUGGUAAUUCAUGGCGGCACGGAGCAGGGGAACUACAUCCGAGAGCUUGAGAGAGCCGUCCUCAUCAAACACCUUGAGCAUGGAGGAUCAAUAAUGACAAUUGCGUCUGGAUCCACUUUCUGCGGUUGCAACAAAGGGUGUCUUUCCCUCCUUCCUAUCUUUGCACAUGAUAGACGCCACUGGAGUCGUGGAACAGGAGAUAUACAAAUGGCGCUUUCUGCGUGUGGAGCGAUGUGUUUACCGCGACUGCCAGACUUGCAAGGCGAGGAAGCCUUCCAGUCUAAGUACUUCAACGGCCCUGCGAUUGUACCCAUGAGUGCGGAGGAGUACCGAGACAUGGGCGGAGCUUUCGACCUUGAGUGCGGAAUGGGCGUUACCUUCCUGACCUACCAGACAGAGAUGAAUGAAUGCGAGGCAGAAACACCUCUCCUCGGCAUGCCUUCGGUGAUUGUUGGUCAGAUGAAACCCAGCCGGGCUCGCUUUGUGGCAAUAUCUCCAAAUGUGGAGGUUUCCACUUCCCCUCCCACCAGGGCUCUUAUCCAGGAGCUUGUCAGCUGGGCAUCGAUGGGAAGCAGGCAUAUGCAGGAGGCCAGCAUCUUUUUCCAAGAGAUGGAAUUGCCCAACUUCGAUGACCAUUCUGUGACUGGUACAUUGGGCGAUGGCGGAUUGCUGGUGCAGCUGUUCAAGGAAGCCGGAAGAGACCUGGAGCCCCUCUGCCUACCAAGAAGCUUGAGGGGGGAUGGUUUCGCCCUGCCUGAAGGCAGGAGGCUUGUGAUUUUGGAUUUGGGGAAAGGCCGUGAGCAACUGGAGGAUAUCUUUCAACCACUGGUGCCCGAUCCAGAGCAGCGGCCAAUCAUUGAGCCCCAGGCUCUACAGGAUUGCUUGCGUCGUGAAGAUGUUGUUCUACUGCAUGGCGGCAUGGCGAACGAGCAUGCAGAGCGAUUGGGCGUAGGUGGAAGGGCUGCCCUCCGGCAGCAUUUGCAAAAUGGUGGCUCUCUGCUCGGCAUUUGUGCAGGCGCGCACUGGCUGUCUUGCAGAGAUCUUCCGCUGUGGGGCCAUAUCCUGCCUGCUGUCCCUCAUGACAAUGCAAACUGGAGAAGGGGCGUGGGCGAUGUGACCGUCCGCCUGACAAGUGAAGGCCAAAGGAUUCUAGAUCUGCCGGACUUGCCCACGCUUGGCUUGAGGUACGCCAAUGGCCCUCUUCUGGUGGCCUUACUGCCGGAAGUUUACGUCAACUACCAGCCAGGCAGGGUGCCCGAAGCAAUGGAAGGGCAUGAAGACGUUGUGCUGCAUAGUGACAGCUUACCCACUCCGCUGGCAGUGUUCUCUGAUUGCUGCGACCAACGUGUUGAAGGGUGGCAGGCGAUGAAGGGACAUGCGGCAGCAUGGGCAUGGCAAGCAUCGUCAGGAGGGCGUGUAGUGUCAGUAUCGCCUCAUCCAGAGUACGCACAGUCAGAAGAGUCCAGGCUCCUUUUCCGGAGAUUCUUGCUUUGGUGUUUGAGCACUUAA